AUGGAUGGCAGAUCGCCGCUGCCUUCCGCCCCCCAUCCGGAGCCUUGCCCGCCGCCUACUCCUGCAACUGUGCCCAUUUCCAUGGGUGGCAGUUCCCUGCUGCGACCGCCGGCACUGCUACUCCGAGCCGCCGCCGCGGCAGCCGCCGCUGCUGCCGCGGCCGAGCGUUAUCCCAGGACGCCGAAGUGCGCCCGCUGUCGCAACCAUGGCGUGGUGUCGGCGCUCAAGGGCCACAAGCGCUUCUGCCGCUGGAGGGAUUGCAUGUGUGCCAAAUGCAUGCUGAUCGCCGAGAGGCAGCGGGUCAUGGCCGCGCAGGUGGCUCUCCGACGGCAGCAGGCGCAAGAAGAGAACGAGGCCAGGGAGCUGCAGUACAUGUACGCCGGGGGAGGCGCCGCCGAAGCCGGCCUGGCCAUGGCAGCGGCUGCCGCAGCCGCCAACGGCAUCAUCCCUUCAACACGGGCCGGUUCGACGCCCUACGAGAUCUUCGGAGGCGACUACCAGAAGCAGAAGGAAGGAGACAAGAACCCCAAAUACGAGCUAUUCUAUAAUAGCCUGGUGGGCCGCUCGGUUCUCCAGCCUUCACAUUCUGCCACUUCUGACACCGAAACAUCAGAAGCCAACCUCAAGGAUAAAUCAGGAAAAGCUGAAGCUUUGGACAAUGAUUCAGGACAGCUUUCAUCCUCCCCGGAAAGUGCUGACAGCCCUCGCUCAGUGACUCCAUCUGAUGCAGAGUCAGGCAACGAGUGUGACAAACCCAAGGAGUUGGCCAAAGUCAUGGGCAACCUUCCCAGUUCUUCCACCAACCACAGGGCACCCAUUGACAUCCUCACCAAAGUUUUCCCCAGCUAUAAGCGUGAUAAAUUAGAGUGCAUCCUGGCACACUGCAAAGGCGACGUGGUCCAGGCCAUUGAACAAGUCCUGAAUGGGAAGGAACCCAAUGGACAGGUAAAAGAUGUCGGCUGCACAGUAUCUGAUCCCACAGACCUUCCACGGUCUUCACACAUUACCUUAGCUGGACUUCCUGGUAGCUCCAUCGGCACUAAGUCUGCCUUCUCUCCCCUGCAGUCCAGUGCAGUUUUUGGAGGUCCUGCGAAUCUGUACGGAUUGAACCCCAGACUUGGCAUCAACCCUCUUCGACUGGCAUACUCGAGCCCUAGCCGAGGGCUGCCAACAUUCGUGUCACCUUAUGUUACUUCUGGUCUGAUGCCAACAUUGCCAUUUCGUCCGCCAGUGGACUAUUCCUUCCCGGGCAUCGUCAGGGAUAUUCCAUAUUUCCAGAACAAAGACUCGCUUUGCUCCAGUGGAUUGUACUCCAGAAUUAACCCGGAGAAGCAGUGA